UAUAUGGACUAAUACAAUAAUAUAAAUCGUAUAGUUUUAGUCACGGUUUAAGACAUACGCGUAUCUUAAAUUGUGGUUUUAGUAAAUCUACGUCAUUUAUAUGGUUAUAAAGAAAAUGGAAAAGUCGCUCGACGAAAAACAUCUUUUUAAUCAUGCCCACCACCCCGCGUCUAACCUUCUUGUCAGAGAUACGAUCUAACGCCGACGAUAAAGUAUCGUUCCGAACUUAAAGUGGCUGUGAGGUGUGUAGGGUUCGCUCUGCAGGGUUGAAACUCGGGGCCGUCAAUAAACGUUUUAUAGACCAACAACGCCGUGUAAAAACGUAUAUUUUAUAGUCAUAACUAUAUUAUAAUCACGAAAUUGACUGAUAAACCAAUAUAAGGUACCUCUAUAAUGAUGCCACGGCCAAGAUAUUUUAUUUUACGACGACAAAAUGAAUUUUAAAAAGCAGUUUUGGGAUAGGAAAUACGUACAUGCCCAGACGGGCCCGUUACGCCACUGGCGGCGGCGGCAAAUUACAGACUAUUGAUCAGACCGCGUGCACAUAUUGCUCCACCCACACCCCAUCAGCGGCGGCGGCGGCAGCUCAAUUGUCUAAGUUUUAGCCAUCGCUGCUGCAGACUGCAGUCGGCGGAACACGCGACCGCGAGAGACUCUAUAUAAAUAUUAUUACACCGCCAUUGAUACAGUAAUCUAUUACAACAAUAUAAUAUAAUCACAAUGUUGAGCAGAAUCUACCUAUAGUCAGCUAUUCGUGUAAAGCGUACGCUUCAGUCGCGGGACACCAAACUACCCCUGUACUUACCCGCAGCAUUCACCUACUGUAUUUACUUGCUCAUCAAAUCCAACCACCGCGUAACAUUAUCGUCUACCUCCAUUCGCCUAGCUCCCCAAAACUGACGCUUCGUCGUCAUGCCUGUGGCAGAUGAGCAGUGACGUGAGCAGGCGAUUUUCGUCGGCCGUCGGCGGCGGCGGCGGCGGUGGUGGUGGCUGCAAGAAAAUGCGGAAACGGAAGGAACUGGACGCGCUAACCGGAUGCACGGUGGUCGGCGUCAACAGGAACCGUAGGCUGAUGACGUGCUCGUCCGACUCGGACUCUUGUUCGUCGUCUCGGGCGCCGCCCACGCCCAUAAAGCUCCGGCGGCAGAUCACACGCAGGCGGAAACGGACGUUCGUCGCCGACACCUGGUGCAGCGCCCUGAGGAUGUUCCUGACGUUUGGCUGUGUUGUGUGGGUCGUGUUCGAGACGUACACGUUCCUCGACGUGCGCAAGAUUCAAGCGCACUUGCAAUCGCAACUCGAUGAAGUUGCUGCUGGCAAUCGUGGAGUUCCAGAUGACCUUCAGAAAUGUCAUGCCAUGUCCAAACAACUUCAACAAAACCAGACCGAUAUCAAUCAACGUCUAACAGUGUAUGACGGACAGAUCACAAACUUAACGCUUCAGGUUGCUAAUUUGGGUUCAAGGUUAUCGCUAGUUGAGAAAAAAAUCAAUGAGAACACAGACCUUUUAUCAAAUCCAGAUGCCACAAAAGACCCAUCCAUAAAAGUCCUAUCAUCAGAAGUUGCUAAACUUGGUAGUACUUAUCAAGACUUAAGUGGCAGUGUAAAAUCGCUCAAAGAUACUACUAGUUCAUUGCAGUCAUACCAAACAACAUUGAAAGCAAACAUUACUUCAAUAAGUGAAAAAUUAAAUAAUGUCGGCAGUAUUAAAACUGAUGAAACUAUGAUCAACAAUGUGUCUGGAAAGUUGCAUGAACUAAUUGAAAAUUUAGGUUUGAAUGUCACAACGUUAAACCGUACUCUUACCAGCCGAAUCGAUUGGUUAUCUGGAGAUCAAAAAACUAAUGGGGCAGAAAUAGAGAAAUUGAAAGAGGACAGUCAGAAAUUAAACGCUCAAGUGAAAACAAUUGACACUAAAUUAACGACAUCAUUUAAUGAAGUGAACUCAAAAGUUAUAUCUCUUAGAACUCAAAUUGACAAGAUUGCAACUAAUGUUACCAGUUUACAUGCUCAAUCAAAUUCCGAUGACUCUCUUACGAGUUCAGGUCAAUUAAAAGGUGAUAAAAAUGGAACUCAGACAAAAUCCUAAUAUUAGUAUUUUUUGUGUUAUAUUGAAUGUGCACAAUGUUGUUGAAUAAUUUUGUUUUAUUUUUUUUUCUUAAAAUAAUAGUUAAAAUGUUUAUGUUUGUAUUUGAUUUAAUGAGUCUUGUUUUGGUAUGAAUUUGUUUGAUUUAAAAAUUAAAAAUAAUGUACCUCUAAAUAAUCUUUUUAAUCUAUUUGAUGGACUGUUUGAUAGUAAUAUUUAUAAUUCCUAUUAAAUAUUUAAAUCAAAAUUUGUAAAAAAAAAUCAUUUUAACUGAGAUAUUAUGAACUUUAUACAUUUGAGAGCAAUGUUGUUUUUUUGCCGAUCAUAUUGUACUCUUUUUCUAGUAUAUACAUUUGAAAAUUAUUACAAUAAAAAAAAAAUUAUUUUUCUA